AUGGAUCAGUACCUUCAGAACCUUAGGCAACAGGCCAACUCCUACUCCGCUUCCUCCGCCGGAACAGCAAGUAGUAGGGCGCAGCGUGGUCCAUCAACGCCUGCGGAGACGGCCACCGGAGAGUGUAUCACAAUCCGCUUCAACAGUCAGCAAACGGGCAGUACCACCACCGCUGGAUUUCUCCCACUCUACCCUCCCCGCUCUCGACAGCAAGCCGGUGAAUCUGAAUACGUUUGGAGCGUUGGUAUCACUCGUAAAGGAGGUAGAUCUGUCGCGGAUGAUAAACAGAAGAUUCCGUUGAGUUUCGCGAUUGAAGAGUGGUUGGAGCCGGCCGAUCAGGGAAGGCGAGAUACGCUGAACUAUUUGAUUGAAAUUGAUUUGCAGAAAUCUUUCGCUACUGGUCAGCGAGAUUUUGACCAUACCGCUCAGAAUGAGAGGGGGCAAUGA